CGGACGGACCCACCGACCGUCCUCCUGCUUUUUGGGGUUCCCUCGUGGCUUCUCUGCGCCUUUCGGGAUCCUCUGGGCGCCCCUCGGUGCUCCCCGGGGAGCCCUGCGGAAAGGGCAGCGCCUGAGGAGCCGGUGAGCCGGCAGAGGCCGCGGCGGCUCCGCUGGGCCCGGCCCGGCGGGCGGGAGCAGCCCCUCUGUCGGGAGGGUCGCCCGUGGCCUGCGAUGGCAGUGGGAAAGGUGUCCAUGGCGGGCUGGGCCCUAUGCAUGGUCCUGGUGCUGGCCGCGCUGGCAGGGACGGUGGCUGAGACCCGCUAUGAGAAGUUCCUGCGGCAGCAUGUGGACUUCCCCCAGACAUCCACGCUGGCGGCCCACCGCUACUGCGAGACCAUGAUGGCGCGCCGGCGGGUGACGGCCCAGGGGCGGCCCUGCAAGCCCACCAACACCUUCGUCCACGCGUCGGCCGAGGAGCUGGUGGCCGCCUGCAGCCAGGCGCCUGAUGCAAAGGGGUUCCACAGCACCCCGACAUCCAUGGCCCUCACCACCUGCCGCCUGCGGGGCCGGGACACCCAUCCCCCUUGUGCCUACCGAGCUCGGCAGGUCCAGCACCACGUGCAGGUCUCCUGCCUGAAUGGGCUGCCCGUGCACCUCGCUGGCUCCUACCCGCCCUCCCAGUGAGGCUUGACCUGGGGGGAACAUGGAUUCUUCCUCUCUCUGUGGGGCUCUGCCAGGGGCCUGCAAUAAAGGAGGUGCCACAGGA